AUGUCCGGAAAAACUUCAAUCGACUGCUCUUACACCAAAGCGAAUCGGCUUGGAAUCAUCAUCCAAUAUGUUUGGCUAACUGGCGAAUACGUUUCGUAUGUUAACACGUGUUUGAAGGUAACAUCACUAGUCAAAUAUUCAUUGUUUUUUAAGGGAACUUUUUUGCGGGUUGUUUUGUGGGAUUGGACCUACAGGAAAUGGAGGAGGGGGGGGAGUGACCGAGGCUUUGAUUUUUUGACAGGGAGCAUGUUCUCCGGACUUAUGAAAAAUGAGAGCUUUUUUGGCUCAAAACCUAGAUGAUACAUCUCGUGCGAAAAGAACGUUGAUUUGAAAAAACAUUACGUCAUUUUUUUCGAUAUUUGUGUGCGUCAAUUGCAUUUAGGCCACGCCCAUUUUUGAAAAAAGAGCAGCAUCAAAUUUAGGGAGUGAUCGAGGCUCCGAUUUUUUUGACAGGGAGCAUGGGUAUAGCUUGAAGGCUGGGUCUUCAAAAAUAUCUUGUUCUCCGGACUUAUGAAAAAGGAAAGCUUUUGCGCUCAAAACCUAGAAUAUAUAUUUUAUGUAUGACAAAAAUUGACUCGAACUAUUUUUCACGUAAUUUUUUUUCGACUUUUGUCAAAUGCGCGAUAAUUGCCACUAGGCCACGCCCACUAAAGAAAAUAGGAACAGUAGAAAUUUGAAUAUUUUUUUCUUUUGUUGACACGCUAAUUCAAAUUUUUUGAGAGAUUCCGAGCGAGACAAAAAGAUAUUGAUAUCCAGUGUGAUCUACAGAAAGUUAAAUUUAUGUGUCUGGGAUUUAUGGAAUCAAAUUCACAAAAUUACUUCAUUAAUUUCUGUUUUUCAGGAGUCCAAUGAUAAAUUCUACGAAACAGUUGGUAGACAAGGUGUUGUUCAACUGAUUCUCGAUUCAUUCCGUGAGGAUUUGAUGACAUCAUUGAUGAACGAAACGUCUAUGGAUAGAAAUAAGUUGCAACGUAUUUUCAGCACGCAAAUGAUUAUUUCAACUGAAGUGUUGAAAUUGAAAAAUUUCCAUAAUCUUGAUCGUUUUGAAGCAAUUAUUGACAGUAUUAAUGAUCGUGUUUUAAACCUCCCUGAUGCAAAAAUAGUGAGUUCAAAUCAAAAUAUGAAUCAGAACAGUUAAAAAUUUGAAAUAAUUAUUUUGCAGAUUCACGACGAAGUUAUGGCACAAAUCCAAAUGAUGAAAGAAAUUUGCAAGAAAUCGGGUAACACUAGAGGAAUAGAAAUUUUGGUUGAUAUUGAAACGAAUAAGGUUAGAAUUUGUCUGAAUAAUCCGACAAAUAUAAAUAAAUUUACAGAUACCAGCAAAAGAAGAUAUGAACGAUCACAGUUGGCAUUUGGUCAAACUGCAGAUUUUGGAUAUUUGCAGAGUCAAACGAUUUCCGUCAGGAUCCACACCACCAUCAAAAUCUGGCAAGACUAAAGCUGUUACAAGAAGUCAAUCGGCAACAGCAGCUCUGACUACUGAUAUGGUUUCAUUGAAAGUCUCACCACCGGCUUCCACUGCCGCAAAAAAAUCGUCUGUUGAUACAAAGAAGGACGAGGGAUCAAGUGGAUUGGGUAGAUUGUUGAGAAGCAGAAAAACCAAGAAAAACCAGGUUGAUCACAUUUUUCUCUCACAUUAAAAAAUUAUUCAUAAAAUAACUUUGUAUUUCCAGGAUGGCAUGAUCGAACAUUUUGAUAGUAUUGAAGAAACACCAAGAGCUUCAAAUAAUCGUACUACUUCUGUUGAUGUUCAAAGAUCAAAUAAUAGAGAACCAAGAAAGAAAUCAUCAACAUACAAUCCAUGAUAGCUUUUUCCAAUGGUAACUUGCAUAACUUUCACCAAUCCCUAAUCAAUUUGAUUAUUUUUCCAGGUCUCUUCUCGUUCGUAA